AUGCUCAGGGUCGGGUCCAGUAACUUGCUCGGACAGAGCCGCGCUGCGGUCGCUCGCCUUGCCACCGCGGCUCAUGCAAGCCACGGUGCUGCUUCCAACGUUCUGACCCAGGCCAACCCUUCCCCACGCACGAUCAGCUACACAUAUCCUCAGUCUUUGGGCAACGUGCCAGAGACCAAGGUCACCACCCUCGCCAACGGUUUCACCAUCGCUACCGAAGCCAACCCUAACAACCAGACUGCCACCGUUGGAGUAUGGAUUGACGCCGGUUCCAGGUUUGAGACUGAGAAGACAAAUGGAACGGCUCACUUUUUGGAGCACAUGGCUUUCAAGGGAACGAAAAGCCGAACACAAGUACAGCUGGAAACUCAGAUUGAGAACAUUGGCGGUCAUUUGAACGCGUACACGUCCCGCGAGCAGACGGUGUACUACGCCAAGUCUCUGUCGUCAGAUGUCGGUACUUCCGUGGAGAUCCUCUCCGAUAUCCUGCAGGGAUCGACCCUCAGCAACGACGCCAUUGAGCGGGAGCGUGAUGUUAUCUUGAGGGAGGCCGAGGAGGUUGACAAGCAGAAGGAGGAGGUGGUUUUCGACCACCUGCACGCCUCUGCUUUCCAGAGGUCGGCUCUUGGACGUACCAUCCUUGGUCCCUCCAAGAACAUCAAGAGCAUCACCCGCGAAGACCUGGUUGCGUACAUCAGCUCCAACUACACUCCCGAGCGCAUGGUUCUGGCCGCCGCCGGUGGUGUCGACCACGACGCCCUCGUCAAGCUCGCUGAGCAGCACUUUGGAAAGAUGGCCCGUGGAGCAGCCGUCAAGGCUCGUCAAAGCAAGGCCAAGUUUGUCGGAUCCGACGUCCGCGCCCGUUUCGACGAGCACCCGACCGCCCACGUUGCUCUCGCCGUCGAGGGUGUCAGCUGGACCAGCCCCGACUACUGGGCCCUCCUCGUCGCCCAGUCCAUCAUCGGAAGCUGGGACAGGUCUCUGGGUGCCGCUCCCCACGUUUCUUCGAAGCUCGCCCAGGCCCUGCACAAGUACGGCCUGGCCAACUCCUUCAUGUCCUUCAACACCUCGUACUCGGACACGGGUCUCUUCGGUGUCUACGCCGUGACCGAAAACCACAUGCACCUCGAUGACCUGGUCCACCACAUCCAACAAGAGUGGCACCGUCUGGCCAUGUCCAUCUCCGAAGCCGAGGUAUUCCGCGCCAAGAACCAACUGAAGACCUCCCUUCUGCUUGCCCUCGACGGCACAACCCCCAUCGCGGAGGACAUCGGUCGUCAAAUGCUCGUCUACGGAAAGCGCCUCACCCCUUGGGAGAUCGACGGGCUUAUCGAGAAGGUUACCGCUGCGGAUGUCAUGAAGGUUGCCAAGCAGUACAUCUACGACCAGGAGGUGUGCAUGGUUGGUUAUGGACCGAUUGAGGCUUUGCCUGACUACAACCGUGUGCGGUCCGCCAUGUCCCCCAUCUACUACUAG